UGUGCCGGACGUGUGUUGACGAGAAAGCUUGUCUCCUGAGAGACUCUCAGGGCGAAACAAUCACCUUUAUUUUUAACCCAAUCAUGUAUGAAUCUUUCGGAAUGAUUACUAAGUCGCACAUCCCGUGAAAAAGUGCGCCAACCGGAAAUCUUUGGUGUGUCCCAAGAGAAAAUGCUGAAUGUUACAUUUGUAAAAAAACACGGGUUCUUAAGGAUUUUAAGUUCUGGAUAAACCAUGGAUAAGUUGUGUUGUUCUCGAGAAUUUCAGAAGCGCAGAUUUGACAUUUAGCUUCAAGCGCGUGUGUUUGUAGAAAACUUGCCUCUGCUUACGUAAAAUCCAGUCAAUUAACUUUUGCGCUAAGAUUUGAUUUGAGCAAUGAUUGCUCGCAAUCGCGGAGAAAGUUCAGCAGAUCUCUCCUGUCCCCUGCAGAAUCUCAGUUGCCCUUGACUCGCAUCGCGGAAUCGCGGCGUACCUCAGGCGCCGAGGAAUGCAAAGCAUGCGACAGUGCUGAAUGGGAUGAACGGCUGUACUCGUGGGCACGUCGAAAAAGUCUUGUUUUCGGGUCUAUUAUUAAAAUGUGGUGUGUUGGUGGCGGGCGUGAGGAGGGCAAAAUUAGUUCAUUGCCAGCUGAGGAGUACAAAAAUUGGUGAAUUGCAAAAUUUUCAGUGCACAUCAACACACAAAUCAUUUCACUAUCAACUGCUCUCAAUCCACAAAAUCGCGAGUGUCGUCGCGUUGAGUGAUCGCGUGAAAGAGGGAAACUGGAGUGCUUCUUCGGUGUGUGACUCUUGCGAAUUGUGUGGGGUGUAAAAAAUUGGGAAGCUCAAGAGAUUCUUGUGUUGCAUGGAUGAAGAAAACAGUUCCCGGCGAAACAGCAAGGCCGACGAUGGCUUCAGCUCCAAGAGGUGCAUUCUGUGGUUCAAGCGGUACACCACCAUGGACGAUCCCGACACCCUCGGGCCCGACGGCAUGGAGCGCUUCUGCGAGGAGAUUGGCGUGGAGCCGGAGAAUGUGGUGAUGCUGGUGCUGGCGUACAAGAUGGGCGCCAGGCAGAUGGGCUUCUUCACACAGAGCGAGUGGCUGAAGGGACUGACGGACCUCCAAUGCGACACAAUUGUCAAAGUGCAGGCCAAGCUUGACUAUCUCAGGAGUUUGCUCAAUGACUCCAACACCUUCAAGAGCAUCUACAGAUAUGCGUAUGAUUUCGCCAGGGAUAAAGAUCAGCGCAGUAUGGAUAUUGAGACGGCCAAGGCAAUGCUUCAGCUACUCUUGGGCAAGCACUGGAUUCUCUAUUCGCAUUUUGCCCAAUUUGUGGAGCAAUCAAAGUACAAAGUAAUCAACAAAGACCAAUGGUCUAACAUACUAGAAUUCUCCCGCACGAUCAACACCGACUUAUCCAACUACGAUGUGGAUGGCGCAUGGCCAGUGAUGCUAGAUGAAUUCGUAGAGUGGCUAAGACAUCAACGAAACGGUGGAUCUACUAGCUGAAAUCCGUCGUCCCCACAAUAUGCCUAUAAAAUAUGAAUAUUUCAACUAAAAAAAAACAA